GAUACAUACGCAGAGUGAUUGAGCUGGUUCUUGCUGAGCGCAGAGCUCAUGGCUGUCCCUGGCUAAGACACACGCAGAUGCACAUAGGAGAGAAACACAACAAGAACAUCUCUAUAUGUACUGGGGGAAUCUCACCAUAGUCUCAUUAUGUAUCUGCUAGAUAAUGGUCUGACCAAUAAUUCUAGAGCAAGGAUGACGACUGUGGAACACAUUUUGGUCUUUCUGCUGAUUUUGAUCCCUUCAUGUUACAACAUGCAGACAGCACCUCGUAUCAUCACAUUAUUAGAGACAGUGGACGUUCUACUGGAUCACAAUGCCACCUUCAUCUGUGAGGUGGAGUCACACCCCCCUGCUGAGAUCACCUGGACCAAAAAUAAUCACCAAAUUAUGUACUAUGACACACGGUACCUUACCAAGGAAAAGGGUCAGAUGUUAAUCAUCCCACAUGUAAGAGAGUCAGACAAUGGGGAGUAUUGUUGCCUUGCCAGUAAUGGCAUUGGAGAACCUGCCAAGAGCUGUGGAGCGCUUCAGCUAAAGAUGAAGCCACAGAUCAAAAGGCAUCCCACCAAUCUAACACUACUGGUAGAAUCCAAAGCAGUGUUGCCCUGUGUUACCCUUGGCAACCCUAAACCAGAUGUCACGUGGCUCAAAGAUGAUGAGCUUAUCAAGGUCAAUGACCGUGUUACUAUUCUCGACUAUGGGGCAUUGAAAAUUCAUCACAUACAGAAAGAGGAUGCAGGACAGUACCGCUGUGUGGCCAGGAAUAGCUUUGGUUUGGCCUUUUCAAAGCCUGUCACCAUAGAAGUACAAGCUCCAGCACGAAUCUUGCGGGUUCCAAAGGACAAAAGGGUGGCGUAUGGCAGCCAGAUUUCCCUAGAAUGUAAUGCCACUGGAAAUCCAGUCCCAACCAUUACCUGGCUGGAAAACGGGAAUACUAUCUCCGGAGCCUCAGUAGAGGAGACAUUAGUGGGAGAGGUGAUACUCUCUGUUCUUAAGGUGACGGUGACUAAGCCAGCCCUAUAUACGUGCCUGGCUUCCAACAGACACAAUGCUGGAGCCAACACUGUCAAAGCAACUGCAAAAGUCACUGUUGCAGAGUGGAGACUUUAUAAGGGGAUCGCAGGCUACUGCAGUGCAUAUCGUGGAGAUGUUUGCCGCACAAUAUUGCACGACGAUUUGCUGGUUUUCUUUAACUCGUCCUUCUCAAACCCCGAGGACACGCAGGAGUACUUUCUUCAGAGCUGGUGGGCAGAGGUAGAAGGGCUCAGUGGGGUAUGCAGUCCUGCAUUACGCUCAUUGCUCUGCCACACUUCCUUUCCUGACUGCAACCCAUCAGGGCUAGGACCUGCACCAAAACCUGUCUGCAGAGAACACUGCCUGGCAGUGAAGGAGCUGUACUGCCAUAAGGCGUGGCUGAUAUUAGAAGGCAGCAGUUCAGUCCAGUCUGGACUCUUCAGCUCUCUCACCGGGUCCCAGGCUCCCGUUUCACUGCUGCCAAAAUGUCAGACCUUACCAAGUCUUUACACAGACCCUGAUGGUUGUACAUAUGUUCCUUUUGCAGACAUCAAGAAAGAUCUAAUUACAAGAACAUGUUACAAUGACCGAGGUUAUUUCUACCAGGGUAGUGUGAAUGUAACCAGGUCUGGGACACCAUGUCAACCAUGGAACCAACAGGUUCCCCACCAGCACCAUUUGUCAGUGGAUGUCAUUCCAGAGUUGAAGAAUUCAGGCAAUCACUGCAGGAACCCAGGAGGAAUCAGUGACAAGCCCUGGUGUUAUACCUUAAAUCCGAACAUACGCUGGGAGUACUGUGCUGUUCCACAGUGUGGGGAAACAAGCAUAGCAUCAGUAGUGAAGCCAGAGUCUAGAGACCCUCUCCAGACCCCUCGUUUCCCUCCCGUGACCACAACGUCAUCUCCAGCUUACUCAAUGUCUGUCAUCGUCGUUAUCCUGACUGCUCUUGCAACUGCAGUAUUUCUUGCCAUUAUCAUUCUUGGCUGCCGCAGAUGGAAGAAGCAACUGAGGAAUCGGAAGAGAAGAGUAAUAGAGACCCCGAUGUUGAACGCCCUUCCAUCAGAGCUAUUGCUCGAUCGACUCCACCCUAACCCCAUGUACCAGCGCGUUCCUCUGCUGCUGAACUCAAAACUGUUGGCCCUUGAGUAUCCCCGAAAUAAUAUUCAAUACGUCCGAGAUAUCGGGGAAGGAGCCUUUGGACGAGUUUUCCAAGCCAGAGCUCCAGGCCUGCUACCCAUGGAGUCUUUCACAAUGGUUGCUGUGAAGAUGUUGAAGGAGGAAGCUUCAGCUGACAUGCAGAAUGACUUCCAGAGAGAGGCAGCACUCAUGGCCGCAUUUGACCAUCCAAACAUAGUUCGACUCUUAGGUGUGUGUGCAGUGGGUAAACCAAUGUGUCUGAUGUUUGAGUAUAUGGCCCAUGGUGACCUCAACGAGUUCCUGCGUCGCAGAUCUCCAACCCAGUCAGUGCGCACCCUCAGUCAUGCUAGCUUGUCGGGUCGCAGUUUCUCCUCUGAGCUGGAGGCUGGGCUUCUCUCUUGUACAGAGCAGUUAUUGAUUUCCAAGCAGAUUGCUGCAGGAAUGGCAUACCUGUCUGAGCGCAAGUUUGUCCAUCGUGACCUGGCGACACGGAACUGCCUGGUUGGAGAGGAAAUGGUGGUAAAGAUUGCAGACUUUGGCCUCUCCAGAAACAUCUACUCAGCUGAUUACUACAAAGCCAAUGAAAAUGAUGCCAUCCCCAUUCGCUGGAUGCCUCCAGAGUCUAUAUUCUACAAUCGCUAUACUACAGAGUCAGAUGUCUGGGCCUAUGGUGUGGUGUUAUGGGAGAUCUUCUCCCAUGGGAUGCAGCCAUAUUAUGGUAUGGGUCAUGAGGAGGUUAUUUACUAUGUGAGGGAUGGUCACAUCCUUUCCUGUCCUGAGAACUGUCCUUUGGAGCUCUAUAAUCUGAUGAGGCUCUGUUGGAGUACACACCCAUCAGACAGGCCCAGCUUCAGUAGCAUACAUCGGAUACUAGAACGUAUGCAUCAAAACAGACUAAGCAUGAAUGCUCACACUGAAGCUGAUGCUGACUGUUAACUGGUUUUCCCUGUACAAAAGGCAUUGAUUUGCUGUUUUAAUGAUUUAAUGAAUACUUACAUUGGGCCCAAGCACUCAGUGCUGGGGAAAAAUUAUGUGUCUCCUUCAUGAUUUCUUAUUUUAUUUUAUUUACUUUAUUUAAUUUCAUUUUUGCAUAUUUGUUAUACUUACAUAUUUCACUUGAUCAACCACAUUUUAAUUUUAAAUAGAAAUAGCCAAAGCAUGCAGUUUUUAAAUGAUGCUUUAAUUUAUUAAGCAGAAAAUGCUAUACAAACCUGCAUGGCCCUAUGUAAAAAAGUAAUUGCCCCCUAAACCUAAUAACUGGUUGCACCACCUUUGGCUGCAAGAACUUGUACGACACUGUGGAGGAAUUUGUUGCCCACUUUUCUUUGCAGAACUUAAUUUAUUGGAAGGUUUUCUAGUAUGAGCAGUCUAAGGCAAUCCUAUACCACUCCAAAACCUUCGUUCUAUGUGCUCUCAGUGGGCUGGCCACUCUUAUUAAGUGUCAGGACAAGUUUUCUUUAUUUGUGGAUAAUGGCUUUAACUGUGAUUUGCUGGAGUCCCAUAGCCUUAGAAAUCCCUUUUUAACUCUUUCCACUCUUUUCAGUGAAUUUGUUCACAUUUAUUCUUGGGUUUCUUGAGAUCAAGGUAUGAAUUAUUUCAUUUUAAGGACUUAUAGCCUAUUUCAUUUAGUCAAACAGGUUCUAGUUAAGUUUUUUUGUUUCUUUUUUAUUUAACAUGUCUGGUGUGAUCCAGCCAGACCACAACAUAAAGGUGACCCAUCCUAAUCAGACUUCAAGCAGCCACAUCACACAGUUGGUACAAUUUUACAAUGAUUUUUAAAUGUUUUUAAUAAUAUGUUAUUUCUUUAGGAUGGAACACUAAUAAGGAGCUGAGUGUAACUUCAUGGUGGCCUUUAUACCAAAACAACAAACAAAAAGAAACGAUCUGAAAUAUUUAUCAAACUUACCUAAGCAAAAAAAAUAAAUAACCAAAUUGCAAUAACUGACCUCCGUACAUAAGAUAAGGAGAGAAAACUAAAAUAAAAAGGCAGUCCACAGCAGCACUGUACUUUGCAUGCUCAGCUGGUUAAGUAAUUGCAGUCAUUUUCUUUUUGCUGCUUGUCUGUUCAGGAGACUGAACAUGGCCAUAUUGUAGUCAUUUGUAUGUUGCUACUUCAGAAUUCAGGAUUUCAGUUUCUGACUGUUUACCGGGAGCUGUCCAUCUGACAGGUUCACUUUAAUUUUGAAAAAUGUUAAACCUGAAUCAGUUAACUCACCCCAGACCCUAAGUCUCUGAAAUACUUGGAAACUAGCCAUACAGAUAUACCAUGGUCAUUUUUUAGCAGUAGUUGCUCUUGUAUCUCAUUCAUCUGGUUUUUUCUUUUUCUCAUUGAGAGUUUUUUUUUGUAAACGUUGAUGAAAAUUUAGCAAAUGCUCUGAAUAGGCUCAGUGUCGUAGAAAGGGAUUGAUGAAAUAUUUAUUAUAAGAUUGUACACAACAUUUCUCUUCAAGUCAGCUUGCUUAUUCCACAGUGGCACACAGUCACUUUAAAUCACUGAUGAUUGUUUUGUAGACAAGUUGGUAUUCCACUACGGGGCAUUCUGUUUUUAUUUGUGUUUCUUUGGUUUUAGUUUUGUUUUAUAGAUGUGUUUUAGCUUGUUGUUGAUAUUUCUUGAACAUAUGAACAAAUUACAGUAGGCAUAAGUUCAUUAAUUCUCCUCACUUUCAUUUACAUUUCUCAUACAGUUCCUUACUGAAGCACUAAAACUCACAUAUUAUGAAUAGAAUUAUUAAUGGGACUCGUUCUACUGACUUAAAUAGACUCUUGUAAGUGACAAACUGCCCACAUGUCUUUGCAUCCUCAUUUUGAAAAUAUAAAUCUAGAAUGGAAGCUUAUUAGGUCAGCUAGGUUAGAGAUCAUACUUAGUGCUUGUGCUCUUUAACCUUUUUUCUUUGGUAAAAAUUCCAUUUUGGUUACAUUAAUAGAAUAAAAAAAGCUAAGAUAUUCAUAUCUAAAAAAACAUGUUGAUUUUGUCUAAGAAUGGCUGACUUAACUGUCUUUUAAAAUUUGCCAUGUUGUUACAUUUUUGCUGUAUUUGUUGCAUUAUAUCAGUAAUGUUUUGGGCUUUUUCCCUUUUGUUUGUCAUACAUAAUUCACAUUAAGUAUAUUUCUUUGUAUUGCUUGCAAAUAAACAGAAUUAUUGAACAGUUUGUACGUCAGAACUAAAUGUGACUUCUUUUUUUUUUUUAAGAGUACAAUGGAUCUUUUUUCACAAGGUCUGCAUGCAUCUGAAUUCAGGCAGUUAGAAAGGGAUAUUUACACUUGCCAUCAUACUUAACCCAAAACACCUCUCUAAAGAAGAAAACCCAAAAAUGUCCACAAUCACUUUCAAAGGUGUGUUGCUCUGGUUCAGGAGCUCCUACUGACAUUAUCACUGGUAGAGUUUUCUCUCUCUGAGCCCAAACUAUAUCUUAUUUUAUUUCAUUGCAUGUCUCUCUUUAUACAAGGCCCUUAGUAUCUUAUUAUGUCUCAGUGCAAGAGGAUGCAUUAGAGAAAUAGUGCUACACAAAGCAUUUUUACCAUGAAUUUCUAUGUGACUGCAAUAAGCCCUG